AUGGCCGGCCUGAGGCAGGGCAUCUGUGGAGGCCGCUGGUGGCUUCUGGUGCUGCUGGUGCUGAGUUACCUGUUGCCCACAGUGUUCCUCACCUGUAAAAUGGAGAUGAUGAGGAUACUAGUGUCCAGUUCACAAGGCAUGUUGGGAGGAUUUGAUGAGAAAAUUCAGACCUGUGGCUCGGAGGCGACAGCUCUAAGGCCGGGAUUAAGAAUCGACUCCGGCUGGUGCCUCCUAGCCCUCCCCGCGGACGCUCGCUCCCGCCCCUCUAUUGCCCGCAGGGGCCAGGGACAGGCUUCUGGGCUGGUGCACCGCGAAGCCUCUGAGAUCCUGAAGACGCUUCAAGGACCUUCAGCCUCACUCCUCCUGAGCUCUACCGAGCUCACCGGGAUCCAGAAGGACGUCAGUCCCCGGCUCACAAAAGUCCUCUCCGGGGCACCCCUCUCCUGCCCCCCUCCGUGCCACCAGGCCACGCCACAGCCGUCCCUUCCAGCACCCCAGCCCGUCUUAGCUGGGAAAGCGCAGCUGUCAAGAGGCAAUGAUAGCUUCAGGAUUUGGGACUCUCCUAGUAGCGUGGCCCAGGCCCCGCCCAGGGUCCUCAUGUUUAGGAAGGGAGGGCCUGAUGAGUCUGUGGUGAUCACAACUAGGGAGCUGCCCAGAGAAGGGGUACAUGGAGGCACCACGUGGUCAACCAGUGAUCCUACAUCUCCGGUGACUACCACCAAUCUGGAUCUGGGGCCUGAUGAGUCUGUGGUGAUCACAACUAGGGAGCUGCCCAGAGAAGGGGCACAUGGAGGCACCACGUGGUCAACCAGUGAUCCUACAUCUCCGGUGACUACCAUCAAUCUGGAUCUGGAGAUGACCACUCGCAUGAGCAAAGGUUCUGAGGAUGUAUCAAUGAGCAGACCUCCCCCCGUGGAAGAAACAAGUUCUUCCUUUUCUUUGUCUGCUUUCCCUGCCACAACCUCACCUUCCCCUGUAUUGUCCACAUUACAAGGGUACAGUCCAUCCUCUCUGCUACCUGUGACCCCAGUCUUCACUUCUGAUCUAGUGAAGACUGCAGACAUGUUGGGCACAAGCUUGGAACCUGGCACCAGUUCACCUCCAAAUUUGAGCAGCACCUCAGGUGACACACUGACCACUUUUGAAGCCACCAAGGAUAUGGAGGCAAUUCACACAUCCACAAACACAGUAGUGGCCACUGCGGGGGCCACUAGUUCUGGACAUAAAGGACAUUCCUCGGUCCUGGCCCCUUCGGAGCCAACCAGGGUCACAUCUUCUGUAGGUACAACCUUUAUCAUGGGGGAGACCAGUGUUUCCAGAUCAUUACCUGAAUACUCUGAGACCACUGGGAUUGAGGCAGAAUCAACUUCCUCCCUGACUCAUGGACUGCAGGAGACCAGAACAUCACUGGAUUCCAGUUUAGACCAGUGGACACCAGUCUAUGUGUCCACUGGUGCUGCUACUGAGGUCCCAAGGACAGAAGCCAUCUCAUUCAGCAGGAGAUUUGUCCCAGGCUCUACUCACUUCAAAAUGUCUCCCAAUACACCUACAGAAAGAAACACCAAUCCCUUUAUCUCCCGUCUCAGGAGUGUAUCUUCAGGAAUAACAUUCGCCACCACAACAGGUCCUCCUAGAGCUACAUCACAGGGUGUAUUUACAUUGGACACGUCAGCCACAAAUUCCUGGGCAGGGAUCUCCUCAGUUUUGACUAAAGGUUUUCCACAUUCAGAGAUGACCACUCUCAGAGAUGGCCACUCUCAGACCACACUCAGAGAUGACCGCCAGGAUGUGUUGAGCCCUCUCUCUGUGGAAGAAGCCAGCUCUCUCUCUUCCAUGGCACCUACUCCUGCCACGACCUCACCUUCCUCUGUGUCCUCCAUGUUACAAGAGGACAGUCCCUCCUCUCCUCAUCCUGGGACCUCAGUUCUCACCUCUGGCCCAGUGAAGACUACAACCAAUUUAGGGACAAGCUUAGAACCUGACCACAGUUCACUUCCAAAUGUUAGCAGCACCACAGGUAAGAUACCGAGCACUUCUGAAGACACCACAGAUACAGAGGCAAUUCACCCUUCCACAGACACAACAGGGGCCACAGCUGGGACCACCAGUUCUGAACAUGUAUCACUUUCCCUUGUCCCGGCCCACUCUGAGCCAUUCAUGGUCACAUCUCCCGUGGUUAUCACUUCCAGUAUGGUAGACUUCACUCUUUCCACAUCACAACUUGCAUCCCCUGAGAACACAAGGAUUGAGACAAAGCCACCUUCCUCCUUUAGUAAUGGAGUGAGCGAGACCAACACUUACCAAGGAACCAACUCACCUACUGAGACAUACAAUGUUCUUUCCCAUGUAUCAACAGGUGUUGCUACUACUGAGCUCUCCAAGACAGAGAUUCCAUCCUCUGAUAGAGCACUCAUCCCAGCUUCUACUCAGUCAACAUGGCCCCCGGAAAUCUUUUCAGGAACCAGCAGCAGACCCUCUAUCUCCCCUGUCAUGACAGGCUUCCUCAAAAGGGAUCCAUUUUGUCUCCUCAAGACCGUCUGGGGCCACAUCUUCACUGGUUACUUCCACUACUUCCACAUUAAUACCCGUCUUCUAUGA